AUGCAAGAAGGUAGUACUGCGGUGGCGCUAGCAAUGGUGACUCCUGGGUACGAUCAGGACCCUGCAAGUGGGGUUGCCGAUUAUACAACGCACCAGGAUCAAGCUCAAUUCGAAGCUGAUAAAAGAGCUGUAUAUAAACAUCCUCUGUUCCCGCUAUUGGCGUUACUAUUCGAGAGAUGCGAACAAGCAACACAGAGUUCAGACAAUUCAACAUCCGAAAGCUUCAACAUGGACAUACAGGCUUUUGUCCAGCACCAAGAAAGAGACCGAAAGCCUUUUUUAAUCAAUGACCCAGAGAUUGACGGUUUAAUGAUAAAAGCCAUUCAGGUGCUACGGAUUCAUCUGUUAGAGUUAGAAAAGGUUCAAGAAUUGUGCAAGGACUUCUGCAACAGGUACAUUUGUUGUCUCAAAGGGAAGAUGCAAAGCGAAAAUUUAUUACGAAGCGACUACAGUCAUCACGGGCACGAUAUCGGUCCAUCAAGUGGCAGCAACGGGAGCAGUCCACUGCAGGUGCUGUCAUCUACAGGCAAUGAUGUUGAGCCGGGAACUAACGGACUCGGAGUGAGUAGAGGAGACACGCCGUCCGAGAACGGCAGCACGAGCCAGGAAAUCGUCCAGGUCGAAGGCAUCGUCGAGAGGCCUUCAUCCGCCCGAUCUUCAUCUGUUGCUCAACGCUCCAUCAGAUCCGACAGUCAGGAUCAGGAUGAUCCACUGUCACCUUCUACCGUUCAUGGUAGUACACCUCUCUCUCAAAUUGGAGCCCAUCCUUGUGCUUCUGUCAACGAUAUUUAUCUUGGUCAAGAUCCUUUAACCGAUCCUCUGACAGACCCGCUUGCCCAUCCUUUAAUUGAUAAAGAUGUGUAUCUCAGUGAUCGAAUUUACGUUGAAGAAGUCGGAUACUGGGGGCUUGUACCUAUGCAAGAACGUGAAAAUGAGUAUGGAGAAAUAAAACACUCCAAUCAUGGAAAAUAUUCCGAUAUUACCGUUCCAGGAUCUCCUUCUUCUAUACCCAGUGAAGAUGAAGAUGAAGGAUGUGGAUCUACACCCUCAAACCAUACCAGUGGUAGUGGAAGCAAUCGAAAGGGUAGACAAAAGCGCGGUGUACUUCCUAAACAAGCUACUAGCAUCAUGCGUGCUUGGUUAUUCCAACAUUUAGUUCAUCCGUAUCCUACGGAAGAUGAAAAACGUCAAAUAGCAAGUCAAACGAAUUUGACGUUACUUCAAGUAAAUAAUUGGUUUAUUAAUGCGCGGCGACGAAUUUUACAACCAAUGUUGGAUGGAGCAGGUGCUGAAGCUCUUCCACGUUCAGGUAAACGACACAAAGUUAUGAAGCAUGUUGUACAACAGCAGCAUCAACUGCACCAACAACAGCAGCCAAGCGGUUGGCAGUCAGGAGAUUCGGAAAGCGACUCAGGUUCUAGUGAUGGUGAUGGAGGAGCCGAGAGAUUUAAAGACGGCAAUGAUAGUGAUGAGGAUCAUCUUCACUGA